AUGGCUCACAAGCUUACUUCCUCCCUGCCAGCAUGGCAAAAACUCCAGCAGCUUUACGACACCAAGGGCAAGCAGAUCAAACUUGGUCAAGCUUUCAAGGCCGAUGCCAACCGAUUCCAAAAGUACUCUCGCCAGUGGAACUCGUCCAAGACCGAUGCUCGCUUCCUCUUUGAUUUCUCCAAGAACUUGAUCGAUGACGAGGUUCUGGACCAGCUCCUUGCUCUCGCUGAGCAGGCUGAGGUCAAGCAGCAAAUCGAUGCCAUGUUCUCUGGCGAGCACAUCAACACAUCCGAAGACCGUGCUGUUCUUCACGUCGCUCUCCGUGACGUUCCUGGAGACUUUAAGAUCGACGAGCCCGGUGUUGAUGAGGUCAAGCCCGAGCUUCAGCAUAUGAAGCAAUUCUCCGAAGCCGUCCGAUCCGGCGCCCACAAGGGCUACACGGGCAAGAACAUCAAGAGCAUCGUCAACAUUGGUAUUGGUGGUUCCGACCUUGGUCCGGUCAUGGUCACUGAGGCUCUCAAGCCUUACUCCAAGCGUGACCUCGACGCUUACUUUGUUUCCAACAUUGACGGUACUCACAUGGCCGAGACUCUUCGUGUUUGCGACCCUGAAACGACGCUCUUCAUUGUCGCUUCCAAGACUUUCACCACUCAGGAGACCAUCACCAACGCUACAACCGCUCGUGACUGGUUUCUCGAGCACGCCAAGGACAAGGCUCACGUUGCUAAGCACUUUGUUGCGCUCAGCACCAACGUCAAGGCUGCUACCGAAUUCGGCAUUGCCAAGGAAAACAUGUUCAAAUUCUGGGACUGGGUCGGUGGUCGAUACUCUCUCUGGUCUGCCAUUGGUCUUUCCAUUGCUAUCGUCAUUGGCUAUGACAACUUUGAGCAGCUCUUGCUCGGUGCCCACGAGAUGGACUUGCACUUUAAGAACACUCCUCUGAAGGACAACUUGCCUGCUCUCCUCGCUUUGAUCGGAAUCUGGUACAUUGACUUCUUCGGUGCUCAGACCCAGGCCAUCCUUCCCUACGAUCAGUACAUGCACAAGUUCGCCGACUACUUCCAGCAAGGUGACAUGGAGUCGAAUGGAAAGUUCAUCGCCAAGAACUCGGAACGUGUCGACUACCAAACCGGUCCCAUCAUCUGGGGCCAAGCCGGUACCAACGGACAGCACGCUUUUUACCAGCUCAUUCACCAGGGAACCAAGCUGAUCCCUUGUGACUUUAUCGCUCCUGUCCAAUCCCAAAACCCUCUUGGCAAGCACCACGAGAUCCUCCUCUCCAACUUCUUUGCCCAACCUGAGGCUCUUGCUUUCGGUAAAUCCGAGGCUGAGGUCAAGCAAGAACUCGGCGCUGAAGCUAAUAACGACUUCUUCGUCAAGUCCAAGGUGUUCGAGGGUAACCGACCCACCAACUCGAUCAUGGCUCAGAAGAUCACCCCUGCUACUCUUGGUGCUUUGAUUGCAUUAUACGAGCACAAGAUUGCUGUUCAGGGCUUCGUCUGGUCUAUCAACUCGUAUGAUCAGAUGGGAGUUGAGCUCGGCAAAAUUUUGGCCAAGAAGAUUUUGCCUCUUCUUGAAGGUGCUGAUGCUAGCAAGGUCGAUGGUGCUGGCCACGACUCUUCGACGAGCGGACUGCUGAAAUACUACCUUUCCAACAAGUGA